AGGGCCCGCUCAAUGGCCCUCCGUACCAAAAGUCAAUUCUGCUUGACACGCACAGCCACGGGAGGGCUUCUCCUUGUCUCGCUCUGCCAUGUCGGAUUGGGAACUUUGCCGGCAAAGAGGGCCAACGUCAACGCCGCGUUAGGAGCAUGGCUGGCCGUUGGCAACGGCGUAGGCGCACGCCGUACAGAGAGAGCAGUUGGAGUCUGCCAAAAACGGGCAAUCGAUACACGAGCGCCCCCUUCUAUUGGCUCGUGUGAUGGCAACAGAGGUGAAGUUGGUGGGCUGACUCGACGUAGGUCUGUCUCGGAGAAGGUUUUCAUCUUGACAAUUUCCACGAGCAACCCAGAACAACCACUGGCCCUUAAUAACAGCAAAUGGGAGUCAAGGCAAUCUGUCAAGCUCCACCUGCAGCAACAAGUGACCGGGAGCAUGACCGGGAGCAUGACUGGGAGCAUGACUGAGAGCAGGGCUGGGGGCAGGGCUGGGAGUGUGAUACAAGCCUAUGCUAGCUUUAGCAUAGAGGGCCACGGUGUUGACAACCGGGUCCCUGGUAUCUGA